AUUGCAUAUCAUAUCAACCCACCAUCUCCCAACCCCUCCCCCUCUUUCUUUCUCUCUCUCGCUCUGUCUGUCUGUCUAUCUCUUUCUCUGCAACAUGAUAAAUAUGGCACACCAUGUAAGUCCAUCCCCCUCUCUUUUUCUUCCUCUCUCUAGUAUUUGUCCACCUCUGACUGCACGUUCCUGAAACUGAUUCUGAAGUAGGCCCUAUUUGUUACAGUGUUUGUACGGCAGAGGGUAUAAGAGCGAGCUCUUCUUUCACCAGGUGGAUCAGUUUAAAGCACCUCCCAUCCACACAGCCAAGCUACCUCUACAAGAGGUAACGACUGCCGAGAUGACUUGUCAGGAUAGACUGCCCGGAUUGCAGUUGGAUGCAGCUAUCAUUUUAACUUGGUUCAUCAACUAGUCACCAUAUUUUUAUAAAUUCUUUGACCUUUUUCACUAUUUUUAAUGAAAAAGGGAAUGCAAGUUUAUGCAACAUGUACCUUUUAUUGGAAAACGGGUCACAGAUUUCUCUAUUUGUGUAGAGCAUGGAACAGUUCCGGAAUACUCAUUUUUUCAGCUAAUUAACUUUUUUCCUAAAAGUUCUUCAAGCUGGUUAAAUUAGCCACUGAUGACCAUACUACUGCAGAAAAGUGACCACUGAUUUUUUUUUCUUUAUGUGUGAAUAGGACAUGGACUUCUACAUAUGUUCGAGCACAGUGCAGUGGAUUGCUGACUUCUGUCAAUAUAAAUAAGUGCCAUAAGCCCAAAACUUCAUCAAGGAAGAGUUUGACUGUUAAGAACCUGAAGAAAUAGGCCUACUACAAAGCUGUGACAAUCUAUUUCUUAAUGAGGCAUAAAUUGAUAUGUGUAGAACACCAAGCCAGAUCUGUGUUGAAACACUGUUUUUUUCUGAAUUCCACAGAAAUGAAUUAAGUGCCCAAUGUUAACUCGCUGCUUAACAGAACACAUGCCAGAUUCUGUAAUCUUUUUGAAGAUCUGCAUUAACUUGGAUGUGAAUUGGUUAACAACUGAAUAUAUACUGCGCUCGUCUACCCAGUUAAGUGUGGUUUAGCAGGUUAGGAUCAGAGCAGAACCCAUGUUAAAAGUCACCAUACCAUUGCCUUGAACUGUAAUGGUCAGCAAAGGGUCAAGUUCUUAGAAUGUCCUGAAACUGACCAGGGAGUUCAUCCAACAUUCCAAAGAAUUGCACUUUUCAAGGACUUAGGAUGACGGGUAUCCACGAUGACGUACGCAGGUCAUUCCAAAGAUGAGAUGGAAGGCUGUUUAAAAAGAACUGGCGAGCCGGGGAUUUGAUACAAAUCCCUCAAGUGGACUUACUGUAUAUCACUGCAAGAGAGAAGUGCUAUGACAAUUCUGCUUUUGAGAAGAUUAUGCUUGGGAUCAUAUCAUGGACUAAUAAUAAUCAUAUCAAGCAAAGUUGUUUGAAGGAUAUAGUACUUUUCAGAUUUGAGAGAUACUAUUUUUAGAGGGAUUUAGGAGAGCACAAAACUAUAGAAGCUGAUAAAAUUAACUUGACAUGUUGAAAAUGUGAACGUCUACAAACAGAAGAUACCACUUGGAAUCAUAAUCGUUAUUUGUGGCAAACAGCUCACUAUCAGGGCAGUGAAUUUGCAGCAAUAUUCUAGAUUACUUUCUCAUAUUUCUGAUCGAGAGGAACCGCGACUUAUGAUAACUUUAGACAAUAAUAAGAAAAAAAAUCUUCUGGUAGGAGUGACAAUUGUAUGAUUUUGUUUUUCAUCGGUAGCUAUAUCUGCUAUUUGCAAGUACAAUAGAGGACGGUCACUAGAAUCUAGGCACAUUACCUCUGUUGCUAAUUAUGUAUGCACUGAAUUUAUUCAAGAUGCUACUGGGCAUCUUCUUGGUUGCCAUGGCAACCUGCCUAGCUUCUGUCACAGCCGAGAGGAUUCAGGAAUGGAACACAUGGCAACAGGUCCGACUCCCCAAGAUGCACACGGAACAAGAUGCAGGGUCGGACCAUCUUUCAAAGACUGCCAAGGCACUUCUUGACUUGAAGGCAGGAAAGAGAGUUAAGUUUGGAGGUGACAUUUUAGAUUUGGAAUCUAUUGAGAGGAGUCUUUCAUUUGAGCAGACCAGUGCUAAAAACUUGAGUGAUACCAUCAGAACUAAAAUCAGUGUGGACGAUGCUCAAAUUCUCCUGAACAUGAAGCGUUAUCCAGGAGACAGUGCAGGGAACAUGGACCUAGGGGAACCCCGCAGGAAAAGACAGAUCUUUGGUGCAGACACUCGGUACCAGAUCACCAAGGAGUUCAGUAAGAUAUUCCCAUUUUCCGCAGCUGUGCAGCUCUCAACAGGCUGUUCUGGUGUCUUGAUAGGGCCAAGGCAUGUCCUGACCGCAGCGGAGUGCAUUCACAAUGGAAAGCGAUACCGUGGUAAUUCCAAGAACCUUCGGGUUGGGCUUAUUCGCACUGGGAACCGUACAACAUCCGGAAGAUCACCCUCUAGGAACCCCAAGCGUAAUGCAAAUUUAUUGUGGUACAAGGUUGAACAGUUGUACAUCCCUGACGGGUGGGUAUCGCCAAACCUCAUGGAACAACCCGAUACGUUCAAUUACGCCGUUCUCGAACUCAACAAAGACCACAGGCAGAACUGCAUGGAGGUUGGCGUUAGCUCCAAUCUGAACACCAACAGAAUGCAACGCAUCCACUAUUCCAGUUUUGACGAUUAUGAAUACCAUGACGACCCCGUCCUCGCAUACAGACAUUGCUUCAUCGAGCACGUAAGCGACACAAACAAUUACCUCUACGAAAAGUGCGACUCUUCGAAAUCGUCGGUCGGGGCUGGUAUAUACCUUCGAAUGUGGGACAGUGAGAAUUGGCAGUGGUCGCGACGCGUGAUGGCGGUGAAAACAUCGGAAACGGAGAGAAUACGAGUUAGGGGUAGGAUGUUGAAGGCUGCGAGGGACGUCCGGUUGACGCUUUUAAACUUUGCUCAAAUCUGUUACUGGGUGAUGCGGGAUUUUGAGGCCUGCAGUCGCGGAAGAAUCGAAGAUGCUUGUCUUAUGGCUUAGACGAUAGUAUCGUCAAGGGUUGGAUUAAAGCAUCCACUUUUCAAAAUCAUGUGCUUCUAAGACACUUUAAAUAGAUAAGUGCAUACAAGCGAUGGAGAUCUUUCAAAAUGCAAACAGAAAACGCUAGAAAAUGUGGGUGAUUUUUAACACGUUUCUGCAGAGCCAGUGUUCCUAUAAAAUUGUUAAAAUUCAGUGGAGCAGAAAAAAUGCUGGAGUGCCCCAAUGGAUCAACAAUGAAGAUUGGGUGAACAUAGCACUUGGGAUAAGACACUACUGGUGUAUGGUGUAUAGAGGUUAGAGAAUGGAAAAUAAACUAUGCAAAUCAUUUUUUAAAUGUCAUUUAAAAUGUAUCUAUAAGUUAUUCAGCUUUAGGUAAUUAUGUUUGAAUCUAAAUAAAAUCUUCAUGAUGAUAAUGAAAAUGCAUGAUGGUAAAAAAAGGCCCAAUUCAUAGGUACUUGUGAAUAUGGUAACUUUGUUACUAUGGAAACAACAAUGGUAACCUUGAUUUUGACUGGCUGUUACCAUGGUAAUCAAUAAAAUGGCAUAAAUUACUGAAACCUAAUACAUUCAGGGCACCUGCAAAGGAUUAAUGAUUUCAAAAUAAAUUAUUUUUCAAAAAUCCUAAUGUAUCAAAUUAGUUUGAAUAAUCAUUCAUGUCAUUAGAGUAAUGCUGCUUUGAAUUAUAUUUUAAAUAACUAUUUAUCUUUUGGGGCUUUUAAACAUAAUUUAAUUAAGUAGUGUAGUUUUUGUGUAUCAAUUCAAGUAGGAAUAAUGCUUUUCUUAGUUGAUAAUGUAUGAAGAACCAGUAUAUUUGAAUGGUGCAAAAUUGUAUGAUUUUUGUGUGUAAUUCAACUUAAAAUGAUAAAUAAAUAUUUCAACUAUGCAAAGACAGGGAUGAAGGGUUAUUAAAUGUAAAUAAAUACUUAAGUUUCAUCUUAAAUGUAAAUCUUACAAAAGUACAUUGGCCAUUGAAUAAAAAAAGAGAAAAAUUCUUAUGUGAAACAAGGCAAGAGAGUUCUCAAGAUAUCUUACAAAUCACUUUUCAAUGUUUCACAUAAGAAUUUUUUUAUCUUCAGUCUCUUGGAAAUGUUCUUAAUUGUUACAAAAAACACAAUUUGAACACUUUUCUCACAAAUUUAGUGAUAUGAUAUUACAAAUUGACAGAUUUUAUCAUCCUGCAACUUUUAGUGCAUUCCAUGCUUGGAAAGAGGGAUUUGUAAUCAGUAAGCAAAAAAUACGCAAAUAUCUAUUUUGAAAGGACACCCAACCAAGAUAAAUUGCCAUGUAAAAUCUCAAAUUUCAUCCAACAAAACAUGAUCUUAAAAAUAAGAAAUCAUGUGCUUACCUGUUUUCCAAGAUUUGGUGAGGAGUAGACAAUGCAUGAAAGAGAGAAAAAAAAGACAGAAUAAAACAAUGAUUAGAAACAGUGAUAAUCUAAACAUGGAAACACUGAAAUCAUGACUUUUCUUCCAAUUUUAUUCAUGUCCCCCAUGAGAUUUGAAGGCAAAAACGGUAGACUCUUAUCGACUGAAAAUCUGAAAUUGAUAUGAAUCAGCGUCAAUAGGGAAAAACUAAUGUGUUUGAGAUUGUGGUUAAAGGAAAGAAGCUAAUAAUAAUUUUGUAGCAAAAAGGUCCUGAUUUGAAUUAAUUCCAACUUCCAUCUCAGACAAAAU